AUGCGAGAUGAAGCCCGUACAUCGAAUUCCAAUGUUGAAGGUUUAAAACUUUCUGAACAGGUUGUUAAAACAUUCCGUGCUGCUAGAGUAUUUCAUGAGAACGCUGAUCGUGUAAAUGCAAUUGAUUUUUCAACGAAUGGUGAAACAUUGAUAACAAGCAGUGAUGAUGAAUCGAUUGUUAUCUAUGAUUGUCAACAAGGAAGCUCAAAAAAGACACUUAAUAGUAAAAAGUAUGGCGUUGACUUGAUUCGAUUUACUGGUCUCAUGCAUUUAACCGGACGGCCUGUCGCCAAUUUUGAUCCUGAAGGUUUAAUAUUUGCUGCUGGAAUCAAUUCUGAAAUGAUCAAAUUAUAUGAUUUACGAUCAUUUGAUAAGGGACCAUUUUCAACAUUUCAAUUAGUUAAAGAAAAAGAUUGUGAAUGGACAAAUUUGAAAUUUAGUGCUGAUGGUAAAAUGAUCAUGUUAUCAACGAAUGGAACACUAAUUCGUCUUUUGGAUGCAUUUACUGGACAAAUAAAACAUACAUUAACGGGAUUUGCAAAUAAAAAUUAUUCGAUCGAAGCAUCAUUUAGUCCUGAUGCACAAUUUGUUUUCAGUGGUUCGAGCGAUGGUAAACUUCACUGUUGGAAUGCCGAAACGGGCAAUCGCGUUGCUGUUUUCAACGCUGAGCAUGGAUGUGUUCAGUGCAUUCAGUUUAAUCCAAAAUUUAUGUUAUUGGCUAGUGCUUGUAAUCAUCUGAUAUUUUGGCUACCGCACUUGGAUUAUGAUAUGCAAUGA